CUUUGGGCAGACAGAGCGCUCACAUACCCUAACAAAAAAAUUGACAGUCGAAGGACACUAUGCCGGUUGGCUAAUACAAAUACAAGCCGAAGCGUUUGCCAUGUCGCAAAAGAAUGUCAGGCGAAGAAAGAUUCUUGUAAGUAAUGUCCCUGUUUAUAUGUCUUGCCUGUGACUUGUAAAUCAUUCUUCCCUAUAUGGUGAAAUUGAAGAAGGGCGGCUAGGGUUUGAUAGCGAGUCUCAAAAAUUGAAAGCCUAUUUGGUGUGUUUUUGUUUGAUUGAUGGUUUUGUCCCUUUCAGAGAGUAAGCGAAUCCACUCCCACAUUACUCAUACAGGAUUUGGUUUUGCUACAGCCAUAGUUUUCCAGAAUAAUCUUAUCAACAUGUAUGUCAAGUGUGGUAGCUUGUUGGAUGCUCAAAGAGUGUUUAACGACAUCACUCAACGAGAUGCCAUUUCAUGGUAUAUCAUAGUUGCAGUCUGUGGCAGAUUAAUAGCUUCGGAAGAGGGCAUGGACAUCUACCAGAGCAUAAUGGAAAGGGGAAUUUUAUCAAAUGUAGUUACAAAUGCCCCGGUUGAUAUGUAUGCAAAAUGUGUAAGAAUUCAUGAAGCACGUGAACUGUUUGCCAAAAUGCCUCAAAAGAAUGUAGUCUUACGGACUGCAAUGAUUGUAGGCUAUGCACAAAAUGGUGAUCUUGGGGAGGCAUUGAGGCUUUUCAAAUGCCGCAAAGAGAUACGGUCUCAUGGAAUGCGAUGAUUGCAGGAUAUUAGGCAAAUUGGGUUUGUUGAUAUGGCUUCAGAAAUUUUGAAGCUAAUGCAAUUGGUAGGAGUGGCACCAGACUCCAGAUCCUUUGCCAACAUCCUCCCAGCCUAUGGCAGAACGGGAGGUUUGAAACGGGGCAUGAACAUCCAUCAAAUUAUAAUUGAAGGCGGUUUCUUCCUCCCAGCCUGUGGCAGAACGGGAGGUUUGAAACAGGGCAUGAACAUCCAUCAAAUUAUAAUUGAAGGCGGUUUUUUGUUGGAUGUGGUAGUUGCAAAUGCCUUGUUAGGAUAUGUAUGCAAAAUAUGGAAGCAUGCACAUGGCACAUGAACUCCUUGAAAAAAAUGCCUCAUAGGGAUGUGGUUUCCUGGACUGCAAUCAUUGCAGGUAUGUACAAAUUAGUGACCUUGACGAGUCUUUAAAGCUGUUCAAAAAAAUGCCUCAAAGAAAUGUGAUCUCAUGGAAUGCAAUAAUUGCAGGAUAUACACAAAAUGCGUUUGUUGAGAAGGCGUUGAAAACUUAUAAGCAAAUGCAAUUGGCAGGUGUAAAUCCAGUCUCCACAACCUUUGAGAGCAUUCUGCUAGCUUGUACCAAAAUGGGAGCUUUAAAACAGGGUAUAUACAUCCAUCAAACUAUAAUUGAAAGUGGAUUUUUGACAGAUGUUGUAGUUGCAAGUUCUCUAUCCAUAGGGAACACAAACUAUUUGACAAAAUGCCUAAAAAGUUGUCUCAUGGAAUGCAAUAAUUUGAUCUUCCUAAGGUGCUCUCAAACUCUUUAAACCAAUGAAUCAGCUGCAUUUAUGUGGGCCACAUCUAGAUUCAAACUGGGUGCAAAUGUUAGCAGACUAUAAGCCGUCCAAAU